CGAUCGUCUCGUCGUCGGCGGCGGGGGAGGAUACUGUGCGUCCUCGUGCUGUUCGAAAUGCUGCUCGGCUGCGACGCCCGGGGUAACGGUACGCCAGAUGUUUAUAAGAUACUUGGCGGUGCCAGAACGCGCCAAGCGGACUACGAUUAUUCAUAUGUGCAUAAUGAUAUAAAUGAAAAUCAAGAGGAUCUGUACGUCAGUCACAGCGGUGACCCGUGGAGCGCUUCCUCAGCGCGUAUUCACGGCAAGGAUGUCUACAUGCGCGUGUCGCCGAGCAACGCGACGGCGAACAACACGAAGGCUCAAUCUGCAACGAGCGGAAAGGAGACCACGGGCCAUACGAGGUUCAAACGAGGAGUGAUACAUCUUUACAACAUGGUAGUAUGCGCCACGGGAUGUAAUCCUUUAGCUUACAAAGGAUACGGUUGCUACUGCGGAUUCUUGGGAUCCGGUUAUGUCAUCGAUGGUAUCGACCAAUGUUGCAAGAUGCACGACUGGUGCUACGACGCUACGGAAUGCCUCAGUUCGGAAUACUUCGUACCGUAUUACUGGAAAUGUUACGAAGGUUACAAGCCUAUUUGCGCGAUUGAGCAUGGCAGCUGGGGAGGAUCGGGGUCUUGUGCUCAACGUUUGUGCGAAUGCGAUCGUUCGUUAGCCGAGUGUCUGCGAAGAUAUCCUUGUCCUACUACCAAAGCAGUUUGUACCUCGUCACCGUGGAGACUUGUACAGAAUCUCUUCAUGAUUAUAUAAAUUAUGUAUUUUAAAAAUAGCAUAGGCCACGUUUUGAAACAUGAAAAAAAUUUGCUUUACCUUGUAAGAUUUAACUUUCGAGAUGAAGAUAUAUGCAUCGUAUAAAAAAAAA